AUGGCGCGUCAGAAGUUGGUGCGCGCCCCGACUACGGCCAGCCUACCAAACAAUCUCCGGAUUCCCUCGUCGACGCCAUCCCUCAUCAAAACGCUAGGCAAGCUCUCAAGACAAGCAUUGUUAGACCUUGCUUUCUUCUGGCUAGAUGAUCGCAAUGUGGAAUCCUUCCCACCAUUUCUGCAACAGGAUGAAGCCGAAGGACCAGACAACGAGGCCCUUCCCUACCCCGCCGGCGAAACAAUCGAAGAAAUCCAACAAGUCUACAGCGACCUCCAGGACCGAAAAGGCGGCAAGCGCGAAGUGCUCGACAGAAUCUUAGAAGGCGACUGGCGCAAUGGAAUUACCCUCCGCCAACUAGCAAUGGCAGACCUACGCUACAUGGACGACCACCCCGCCAGCCUACGAUGGACAGCGCUAGAACUAAGUGGCGUCGGGAAACAAAGCCCUCAGCAAUCACCGGACUGGUCUGGCUCCGUGCCGCGCAUUCAAGCAGCGACAUUCGUCCAAGCUCUGCAGCGCGAAAUCUCCCCACUCGUCAAAGCCCACUACCACCUCGGCCGCUCCGCAACACUCCCAUUAACACUUCUGCGAAUCUUCGUUGUCGACUCUCCAUACCAAUCACCCGCCCAAUCAGCCGAGAUCUUCACAGAUUCCUCGCGCAUCAUAUAUGUUGCUUUCCCGGACAGCUGCCCCUUCAUCUACACAUCCAUUACGGCCUCAGGAUCCAAGACCGCGCCCUCCACCAGCUCAGUAGCAACAGAUACCCGGACUCUGCAGCGAUUAGUCCGUGACGCAAUUCCCAAAGCCCUUUCACGUCCACAAGCAAGGUUCUCGUUGAACGCGACCUCUCUCGCUGCAAAGAAUCUCCCAACCCUUCUCACGCUCCGUGGUCCAGGCCGAUCAACCGUCUCAAAUGGCGCUUUUAGCAUAUUCGCCGAUGCAGCGCUCGAGGGGAGUCCGCUGGAUCCUCGCCCAUCUAAUACCGUCGCACCAGAAGAUCAUAUUGGAAUCGAUCCGGCGGAAACAGAUUCCGGCCGGGAUAGCACGAAGCGCAAGUCUAAUAGCCUUGAGGGCGGUGCUCUUUCCCCUCUUUCGAAACAGCGUCGUAUGGCAGUUCAUUCCCGGUUCGGGACAGAGUCGUCAAUUGCGCAGGCGCCGUUGGAUCGUCUGGAUAUCAGACUUCUUGAUAGACCUGGUUCCGACGAUGAGGAUACAGUGCCUGCUGUAUCGCUUACGUUCUCUGGUUCGAAUGUCAUCAGCGGCCUUAGAAAACUUGCUGAAUUGGGCGUGGUUGAUCCCGAGCGCAUGCCGUCUUGGAUGACGGGUGAGGAGAGCGUGAGUGUUGCGACUGUUAGAGGAGGUCAGCGGCUUCAGAAAGAUGUAUAG